UACUCGAGGGAUCAGUUGUCCAGUCUGUGUGUGAACUUUGUCUCCGUACAGCUAAACACCCCCUAAACAAGGAAGGCAGUUAUGUCGUCGUUCGCUCCUGCAUCCUCCUCGUCCGAUGAAGGGUCUAGUUGUGCUAGCUUCGAUGCUUCGGAUGCAGUUUUUUUUGCAGGAAUCGACAAGAUACCGUUCCGUCCUAGUGGCGGUGCAAAUGAUACGAUGGCCUUCAGACACUACGACCCCAAACAGGUAGUCAUGGGCCGGACCAUGGAAGACUGGCUCCGAUUCUCGGUCUGUUUCUGGCACACAUUCCGCGGCACAGGUGCGGACCCUUUCGGCUUCCCCACCCUGAUCCGGCCCUGGGACGAUGGAUCAAACUCUAUGGCCAACGCUAAGCGACGUUUGCGGGCAGCGUUCGAGUUCUUCGUCAAACUAGGCGUUAAAUAUUGGACAUUCCAUGACAGAGAUAUCGCACCAGAGGGCGACACAUUGGCCGAGACAAACCAAAAUCUGGACGAGAUCACAGACUUAGCCUUAGAGUUGCAGAAACAAACAGGGGUGAAAUGCCUGUGGGCUACUUGUAACCUUUUCGCUAGUCCAAAGUACAUGAAUGGAGCCGCAAGUAACCCUGAUUCUCACGUGGUGGCGUUCGCUGCAGCCCAGGUCAAGAAAGGCAUGGAAAUCGCAGUAAAGCUGGGGGCAGAAAACUUCGUGUUUUGGGGAGGCCGAGAGGGCUACCACACUAUCCUCAACACCGAUGUUCUUACAGAACUCACAAACAUGGCCAACUUUUUUAAAAUGGCAGCAGCUUACAAGAAGAAAUUAGGGUUUACAGGAAAUCUGCUGAUCGAACCUAAACCAAAGGAACCAGCAAAGCACCAGUAUGAUUACGACGCCAUGACUGUGAUCGGAUUCUUGAAACAUUUCGGAUUGGACAAAGAUUUCAAGCUGAACAUUGAGCCCAACCACACGACUCUGGCCGGUCAUGGAUAUGAGCACGAUAUCAUCAUGGCUUCAGCGUUCGGAAUGUUGGGUUCCGUGGAUUCUAACACCGGAUCACCAGACCUAGGAUGGGAUACGGAUCAGUUCCCUAUGGAUACCAAAAACGCUACACUGGUGCUCAAGGCAAUUCUGGAACAAGGUGGAUUACAGCCCGGUGGUCUUAACUUCGACUGUAAAGUACGCAGGGAGUCCACCGAUCUCAGAGACAUGUUCAUUUCUCAUAUUGGUGCAAUGGAUACCUUUGCUCGAGGCCUGAAGAACGCUGCAGCAAUUCUAGAGGAUGGCGUCAUCACAGGACAAGUCAAGGAGCGAUACGGCAGCUUCCAGUCCGGAAUAGGCGAGAAGAUCAAUAAAGGACAGACGUCCUUCGAGGAGCUAGAGGAAUAUAUCACAAAGAACGGAGUCCCAAGUAAUCCGUCGGGCCGACAGGAGCACUAUGAAUCAAUGAUGAAUCAUUACGUCUAAACAGAGACCGGAAACAGCUGCAAUCAAGGAACAAUUACAGAUCAUAACGGACCCAUGAACGUCAUAACAGACCCGUGAACGUCAUAACGGACCCAUGAACUUUAUAACGGACCCAUGAACGUCAUAACAGACUCAUGAACUUAAUAACGGCCAAUGAACUUUAUAACGGACCCAUGAACUUCAUAAAGGACCCAUGAACGUCAUGACGGACUACAGAAUGCGGACCAAAUCAACUGACUCAGGACCGAACAUGUUAAAGCUGUUGUUGGAUCGAACUAUCUUAAUAUCAGUGUUGUUUUCGCUUAUACGUAUGAUUUACCUAUACAUAGUUAACACUUUCUGAAUUCGAUAUAUUUCAGUUUAUCAAUAAAGCCACAUUUUGAAGUUCUAA